AUGCAUUUCUCCACUUAUUUCUCCAGGACGGGUAUCAAGGCCAAAGCUGCCUCUGCCUACGCUCGCAUCACACUCACACGGGGCACAGCGGCCUUCUUCGUCUUCAGCUUCAUCUACUGCUUCAUCCAAGGCAUCGUCCAGUCCUUCCUCUUCUCCACAGACGUCGCCUAUGGUUCUCUCGUCUCCGGCAUCGUCUCCGGCUCAGGCCUCGUCACCCGCCAAGAGACCACCUUCCUCGAAGGCACCAGAGGCCAUCUCAUACUCCAGAUGUGCACCGAUAUCCCGCACGGCCAAAAGGUCUAUCCCUGCUUCACCAUCUUCAACGCCUCGGCGCUCGCCAGCGAUGGAGUCUCCGCGCCGGGCCCAGUGCGGACGCUGGGUGAUCAGUGGGAAAAUGGUAUGCAGAUGACGGCCGGGAUCGACGAGCAGACGAACCAGCCGGCCGUGGUGCUCCAGUCCAGCAACGCGAACAUCACCCUCAGCCAGCAAUGCGUGCGGAACCUCGCGUACACCUCUCAAAUCCUUGCCAAUCUACGAAGAGAGGACAUCGCAUGGAUCUGCCUCCAAUUCUGGCUCCUCGCCAUCUCCUUCCUCGCAAUCCUCAACGACUCCGUGCCACACAUUCUGUCAGUCCUAAUGACACGCUUCAUAUCCACCGCCUGGUCCUCCUACUCGGUCUGGCGCGGGCAGGCCUUCAGCGCCAACUUCCAAGAACUAAUAGGCGACCCCGGCACACCCUGCUCUCUCGACAUCUUCCAGUCCUUCUGGGGCUCACGCUUCGGUCUCCAGAUAGCAGAUCUGCUCUUGAGCGCGACAGGUCUCAUUUUCUUCUUCUGUCUCUCCUGGAAACUUCUCAGGAUCUACAGCGACCAGUCCUUCAAAUGCGUCGGUGCCCCCGAACACGUAAUGCGGAUACACAAAUUCUUCAUGGCCCUCCUCGCCUCCCUCCAGCUCGAAGCAUUCGUGCUCGUCACAAGCGGCGGGCUCUGGAUCGACGUGCUCAUGAACACCGCCAUCGUCGAGAUAUCCGCACAUACAAAAUUGUAUCAAGCGCUGUUUAUUAGUACCACCAUCCUUUUGGUGCCGUGGAUUGCAAUGGGCUGGUACUCAAUCCGCCGAGAAAUGAAACGGGUCAUGAUCAUCUUCCUCGGGAUCGGGAUCUGCAUCAUGGCAGGCUGGGCGACCAUGUUCUACUCGAUAGUUUACAGAUGGAGCUUCAUGCAAUGGCCCUUCCUAGGCUGCUUCACCGUCGCCUCCUUCAUCCUCCUCCUCUCCAGCAUCAUCCUCGGCAUCGUAUGCCGUAUCAACUUUGGCAAAGGGCUCGCGCAGUACCUACACGCAGAAGAAACCCUCCAAUCGCUCAACUUCGCCCCCGACGCAUUCACAGUCCGCACACGCACAAACAGCAUCAAAGACCUCGAGUCCCGCGCCGGCAGUGGCGGUAACAGUGGCGGAGGAGCGAACUUUUACCAUCCAGGCGAUGAAAAGUUCCACGACUCGGAGGACGAUCACGAUCAUUAUAAAAGCUCGAAGGACUUCACACAGAUGUAUUUUGUGCAGACGCUGCCGAGUCGUGCUGUAGGAGGAGGAGGAGGAGGGUUCCAGACAGAGUCGACUGCGCCGUCUUUCUACGAGUAUUCAACGUCGAGGUCGACGUCGGACAGGAGUAGAGAAGAACGCUCAUUUUUCACCGAGUGA